ACGCUGUGGAGGGAAGUACGCAUCACCGCUACUACAAAUUCUGGAUUAUUACAUCUUUGUGUUUCUAACACCUGCCGCAGGUUAAACACUAGUACAAGACAAGAAAAAAUAUAAACAAACAAUAAAGUGCCAUAAAUAGAAAGUAUAAUAUAUAUUUAAAUACUUCUUGUUUAGUUUGCUACUAUUAAACUGAUAGAAAAGUUUACUCAUUGCUAGAGUUUUAUUCAACUUGCAAAUAUACUGUCUACAACCCCGAGACGAGUUAAAGAAAAUGUAAGACAUAGACUUCCCCUGUUGUGUGAACUCCCUCUGGACACGACUUAACGACGGUACACUGGAAGUUUGCGGCUCAGCAGUCGGCAUACUUAGAUUUUCAUGUGCCGAGUGACAGCCAGUGUGCCAAGAUGAAACCCACCUCGAAUCCUUGAAGUUACUCCAAAACUGUGCGAACAUUUUCUACGAAUGUGGUAUAAAUCUACGUUUUCUAUGAUGGAAAUGAACCUGGUGCAAAUAGGGACACGAUGGAAAGAGACUGUUAUAUGUGUGACCUUAUUAGUCAGUGUUGCUUAUGCAGAACAGAGAUUUAUUCAGGAGCCCGAGAAUGCGACGGCAAAACACGGAGAGAACGUGACGCUGUCUUGCAAGGUGGAGGAUCGGAAGGGCACGGUACAGUGGACCAAGGAUGGCUUCGGGCUGGGGUCUGACGAGGACCUGCCCGGGUACAGCAGAUACAGAAUGAUAGUCGACGAUAAUCAUGGUGUGUAUAACCUGUACAUCCAGCCGGUGUUAGUGGAGGACGAUGCUGUGUACCAGUGUCAGGUCGGAGGCGCUGAGGGGGAGAGGCACCUCACCUCCGCGAACGCAAAGCUCACCGUCUACUUCCCCCCCAAGGACACCGACGACCAGGUGUACCUGGACAAGCUCUCCCCCAUGGACACGACGUCGGGUUCACCUGUUCGGAUCACUUGCGAAGCCGGACUGAGCACCCCAGCCUCAUCGAUCAAGUGGCUCCUGAACGGCAAGGAGAGCUUCUCUAGUAGCCAGAUCAACACUACCAAGCAGAGACAACACGACAGCAUCCUGGUGGCAGUAAGAAGCCGCCUAGACCUCAAGCCAGAGAGGAAGCACCACGAGGCCAACAUCUCCUGCCAGGUCUCCCACAAGGGUCUCGAGAUCCCCAUCAUCAGGAGUCUGGUCAUGACCGUCAAGUACCCGCCUAAGGUCAAGAUCUCAGUCGACUCGGCCAAGAUCAAAGAGAAUGAUGAUGUGAAGUUUACGUGUGAGGGAGAUGGUAACCCCGGGGUGCUGAGAUACAAAUGGGAGGUGAACGACGUUGUGGUGGUGGGCGAUCAUAGCACAGAAUACAUCAUGAAUAAGAUCCAACGAAGCUCCAACACUGCCAGAGUCGCCUGUAUCGUCUCCAACUCCAUCGGUAUCACUAAGGCCCAGCACACCCUCAGCGUCGAGUACGCCCCGAGGUUUAAGGAGGAGCCGACUGACGUGGACGAAGAUGAGGACAAAUCCGUGACCUUGACUUGUGACGUGGAUGGCAAUCCCCCGCCUGAGAUCGUCUGGCUACACGAGGCUGAGAAGAAGGUCAUUAAUGUUGGGGCCAAGUUGACCUUAACAGUGACCCCAGAGACGGUGGGUGUCUACCACUGCCGCGCCGGUGUCACUGGCUUCCCUGAGGAGUCACGGUCCAUGACAGUGUUUAUGCGAGGAGCCCCUCAGGUGACACCGGUCGAAAAGCAGUUCGGCCUGGAGGGCGACACCGUGCACGUGGAGUGUGACAUCCAGUCCAUCCCUCGGCCGAGCGAGGUGGUCUGGUCCAAGAACAGACACACCAUCGAUCCUAACGAGUCACGGUAUAACAUCCUGCAGGAGACAACGUCGACUGGAGUAAAGAACACAUUAGUAAUCCACGACGCCCGCCCGGAAGAUUUUGGCCUCUACAACUGCACCGCCAAGAACGGCUACGGGUCUAACACCAACGACAUAAAGCUCAUGAGACAACUGUGCCACAUCGACAAGGAAAUGGCCAUUAAAAUAGCCUUCAGAGAGAGCCUACCCCUCGUCACUACCCUGGUGGCCAUCAUCGGUGGGAUUGUCUUCCUCAUCGUCGUGGUCGUUGUCAUCGUUCUCUUCAAGAAGAAGGGCAAGGGGUAUAAAGAUCCUGGACUGGAGAAACACAGUAUGCGCUCCAGCGACAGGUCGUCCAUCCACGACUCCGUGCUUAAAGUGGAGACUCGGACAGCAACUGGCAGUGAUCUCUCUCCCUCCGAGGACGACGACUACAGCUCCCACGAUGACUGGGAGGCCUCUGACACGACCAUCUCCAAUGCUCGACGUAACCAUGACCGGUUCAGAUACUCUACUGGGGACUAUAGCGACCCCAUGUUCCCGGUGAAGCAGGACAACCCCAACAACAACAGCGGGGGAUAUGUGCAGUACGUCGACUACACCCGUGACUACAACCCUCCUCCACCCAUCAGUUACAACCGAAACUCUAUCUACUCCACUGGUGCUCCACUAAAUAAUGUAGAUCCUCGCUACUCGGCCACCUACGGAAACCCCUACCUGCGUGUACCCUCCAGUGCCAGGGGGGGCACCAAUAUUUACGGCAGCACUGGAGGCAUCGAGUUUAAUCCCUUGUCGUCUGGAGGAGGAAGCACCACCACUCCUGGAGGAGACACUGGAGGCGUCCCCCAGAACCUCUAUGCCGGAGGAGCAGCACAGAACCUCAAUAUCAACAAUAACAACCUCAACAACAUGGCAGUCAGCAACACUAGUGCUGCUUAUGGCCACAUCGGUCACAACCGUAACAACCUGCGGUCCAGCACUAAUAUGAACAAUCAGUACAUAAUGGUGCCACAGGCAGAGUCCAGGCACGGUGUUCAUGGCACACACAUCUGAGCUGCAACUGGCCUUGUAUGAUUCCAGGAAGAUCAAGAUUUAAUCUCUAACAAGAGCUAGAUACUGUAGUACUAAUUAGACAGGUAGAAAGCAACUCAAGUACUAGGUGUAUGAAGCAGCUUUCAUGAUGUACCUCGAAGGAGUCAGCACCAGAAAGUGCUCACAAUGCAUGACUCAGAGAUAAGAGUUUGUCUCAGAAUCACUCAGGAGGCUGUUACAGCACUGCGAGUUGUAUUUAGAGAGCCUAAUAGGCAAGAAGGUGUUAAAAGAAUUGCUCAAAAUAAAAGUGUUCUGUCGCUGAGCUCUCAAAGUGUUGUUCUUGGGUCAGGUAAUUAGAGGUAACGCCCUCUGGUGUCUCACUCACCAAAGUUUUUGUAAACCAAAGAUAGUGUGUGUGUCUGGACCUUCUGUAACAUGUGUGAGAUGGAGUUAUGCUGCUCCCACUCUGCCAGCUGUACAGAGUAUGUGGCACACCUCAUGAUGGGAUGGAAACUGGAGUCUGUUUUCUUCAGUGUUAUGCCAGUAUUUAUGAGCUCCCAGUUGGGGCCUCAAAUAAUAAUACAAUUAAUUAGUUAAGAAUCUUAGGAGUGAAUUCAUCAGUGUUAAUCAAAGAGUAUUACAAAUGAGGCGCCAGUACAGUAGUCGGUAAGCUGAGUUACAGUCUCUGAAGCACCAGCUUAUUAUAAUAGUUAUGAGUGACAUUGUCCUCCUCACUUCCCCCACAAGGAUAUACUGGAGCUGCUCAAUGAACCACAUUCUACUUACCGGGACAAUGAUUCCAGAAUUGAUCAGAGUAAACAAAUUCAGCGGUUUUGCCAAAGAUCUAGUUCAGGGUUUCAGUGUGUAUCCAACACGCUCCCGGAUGUAAAUAUUGUGAUUUUGCUUUAAUAGUUUUCCCUGCUACUGUGAAUAAAUUUCCCAGGAGCAAUCACAUUGACUGUUUUAGACAGCAAUAAAAUCAAAAACUUCCUAAUAAACCUCAGUUAGGGGAUAACUUGGAGUCAUUCUUCCGGGUGGGUUACGUGCUGGAGCCUUACGAAGCCUCUCAUUAUUGUGGUAAAAUAUUCAUGAAGAGUGAUAGUCCGCACUGACGAAAUUUCACGAAAUUCUCGGGUCAACCGAAUUAAAGCUGGCAGGGUACUAAGUGUGUGUAAAGACAGUAUAUAUAUUGUAACCAAGAACGGAAAAAAAUCUAGUGUAAAUUACAGUACAGUGUUUCAGAAUUAUUCAUAUUUCCGUUAUUCAUACUAAAAUGCAUAUGAAAAAUUAUAAAAUGAUUUUGAAAAUACAGAAAAGUUCCAACGCCAAGGCUUAUGUACAUAUUUAUAAAAGAAAUAUAUGAGUGAUUCCAGAGGUGGCAGUGGUACUGUGCCAGGCUGUAAAUAUUACUGUAUACAAAAAUCCUUCCACUGUCAUUCACUUAUUUUCCAUUAUCAUUAUUCAACUCUCUUCCAAGGGUUAUACAUUAUUGUUAAUGUUCGGUGAGGAUAAUUGUUAUUACUAAACUGCUGGUGUAUAAUGAUGGUGAUUACAACAUUCUUGACAUAAUUGUUUGGUAUUAUAUUUUCAUUGAUAAUUGGCCGUGUGUGGCGUCAACUGCGUGUGUAUAUAUACAUACGGUUAGGCUUAAGAAGUCACAAUGAAUGAUUUUCACUUUGAAUGAGUGUUGUUUCUAGUUAUAAAUGUGUUAUGAACAACUAGUCAAUAUAAAACAUGUAGGAACAAAAUAAUGAACUUUUAUUUUCGUAGUUGAUGUAAUGAUUCACAAUUAAAACUUCCUGCUAUUGUAUAUUAAGAUAUGGGAAAUAGAUUAAAUAUUCUUGUCAAACAUAUAAACUCCGGGAUAGUUUUUGUUACUCCUCAAGCUGAUUAAACUCACUACAUAACCUCACCAAACUUGAAGAUAGACAGGAAGUUACUUGGUGAUAUAGAUCAAAGGUGUAAAUAGUCCAUUGUAAUCAAGAUUUUCAUUUGUGCUUCCCUUGCCCUCCAGUGAGGCCAGUGUAUGACUUUGUUACAUGUUUUAAGUAUAUCUCAAUACAUUUUGUAAAUAAAAUGUAAGGAUUA